CAUCAUUUUAUGGCAUGAAAUUGUUAUUGCAUGCAGUUUGGUUUGUGACACCGCACACACACACAGACACACACUCUCACACUCACUCACACACACAGACACACACUCUCACACUCACUCACACACACACACACACACACACAGUUGCACAGUUCAUUAGAAAGAGUUUUUUUUUGGGUAAUAAGUUAGUAAGUGCUGAUCAGGCUGGUUUUAUCUGCGCUGUGAACACACUGAGGUUCUACUCCAGAAGAACAUGAACCUAAAUGUCUCCUGAACCAUGGAGCGAGUGUUGAGGAGAUGUCAGGUCAGCAGUCGUCUGCUUAGGGAAUGUUUUGCGGAGUUUCUCGGAGUCUACAUUUUAAUCCUCUUUGGCUGCGGCUCGGUCGCUCAGGUCACAACUUCCAAAAACAACAAAGGAGAAUAUUUAUCCAUCAAUCUUGGAUUUGCUUUGGGCACUACAUUCGGAGUCUAUGUUUCUAAAGGAGUAUCAGGAGCUCACCUGAACCCCGCCGUGUCUCUCAGCCUGUGUUUCCUAGGCAGGUUCCCCUGGACUCGGCUGCCGUUCUACGUCAUGUCACAGGUGUUCGGUGCUUUUCUGGCUGCAGCCACUGUUGCGUUGCAGUAUUUUGAUGCAAUAAUCCAUUACAGUGGUGGGCACCUGACAGUGAGCGGUCCCACGGCCACUGCAGGAAUAUUCUCCACUUACCCUGCAGAGUACCUGAGCAUAUGGGGAGGAGUAGUAGACCAGGUGAUUGGUACAGCGGCCCUGAUGGUGUGUGUUCUGGCUCUGGGUGAUGGUCGUAACUUUCCUGCCCCUCCCGGUCUAGAACCUGUUCUGGUGGGAGCAGUGGUUAUGGUCAUCGGCGUCUCCAUGGGUUCAAACAGCGGAUACGCCAUCAACCCGGCACGAGACCUCGGCCCUCGGGUCUUCACCUGUAUUGCCGGCUGGGGUGAUGAGGUGUUCAGAGCCGGAGCCGGCUGGUGGUGGAUCCCUGUGGUGGCCACGUGUGUCGGCGGCAUCGUCGGCUCUUUGAUUUAUGAGCUGCUGAUUGCUGUUCAUCAUCCCGAACAGGAAGUGACCAAAACAGUCGGCAACCUGCAGGACCUGGAACUGGACGUGUCACAGAAAGAGUCUGAUAAACCCGAUGAGCUCAAAGUGACUCAGGAGCAGCAGCAUGUGAGCUUCCCUUCACCCUGAUAUACUGAAAAAGCUGCUAAGAAAUCUUUUAUAUCAAUCCAAACUUAAAUAUCCAUCACUCAGGUAAAUAUUCCUUACAGACUAUCACUGAUUUUUGCUUAUUUUUAACAAGAAAAUGUGUUUGUUUUCUAAAGAGAAUGCCAAAUUCAUUCAAUUUUUUAAUCAAUACUACUGUUUUAAUGGUAUUAAAAUGAAUAGGCUAUGAUUAACCAGAAAUAACCUCUAACAGCAUUUUUAAAGUUAGUUACUCAGUAUAGGAUCAGAUCAGGGCUCGUGUUCUUAAAGCUUCUAACAAUCAUCUCAGAGAGCUCCUAAUUUAGUGUUAACUUUUCUAACUAGGAGUCUUAGUUUAAGAGUGAUUCAGGACCAACCAGAGCAAAUAGAAAUAUCUUAACAUAGUGACUACUUUCAUUUCUGGUGCUGUGGCAUUUCUGCGCUGUGUCAGAGAUGUUAGCAUAUCUCUAAUCAAACAUAAUCCUUACACAAUCUAUCAUGUAGUGUCUUAUUAACUCACUGUCAUUAUUAACUAUUAUCACAUUUCUUCUCCCUCUUCACCUUUCAGCCAUUUUCUUCUCUGCUAAAGAAACUCUUAAGCCUUUGUUAUGGUCUUAAAUUAGUCUAGGGAAGACAGCAACAGAACUAAACUGUUGGUGGUGAGAGACUGAGCGACGUCAGAGGAGAAGGCCAAAAUAGCAAACAUAACAAAACUAACUCUUAUUAACAACUGACUAAGCUGCAAAGAAAAGAAAGGAAAUAAACUCCCUCAAGCUAACAUAACCAGGAGAAAAAAGAGUUAUGUAAAAUAAAAUGGCACACACCUUCCUACUAGACCCAAAACAAAAGACAUGUAUUAAGGAUCAAUAUUUAUAAUGGGCAACUCAAAUGAACACUCACUUCUCUUCAGAUAAAUGCUCAGUCUUUUUGUUGCCUCUCCAGUCACUGCCACUGUGGUGGAAAUCCAGUGGUGGACCGUGCGUUUCACACCUAGGCCUUCACUGGUGUCCUUCCUGAAUUAAUCCACCUCUAUACCAUCAUCAUGACGCCACGGCAAUAGAUACUAAUCAACCGUUAAAUAACAAAGUAAAAAAGAAAUUAGUCUACAGUAUUUCACACCUCACAAGGAAUAGUCCAUUUUAUUACGGUUACUUUUCUCAAUAAAGACAUUCUUGAUGCCGUAUGCAGCAAACUGCAAUCUCCGGAGGACGCAGCAUCCGAAAUGAGACACAGUGAAUAUAGAAACACUGUAUAACAGUGCGCUGUGUCACAGACUCUUAUAGUGAACAUGAAUAACAUUAUAUUACAUACAGCAAAAACACAAAUUAACACAAUUCAGUCUCACAAGUUUCCUUUCACUGCAGAAAAAACCCCACAGCCCACCCCGGGGAUCUGGAAUGAAGGCAAACUGAAAACCCAGAAAAAAAGAAAACCCAAAAGCAGAAAUGGUUCGACUAUUUUGAAGAAUCAAAAGGAUUUUCUUGAAAAGUCCGCCUUGAAAAUGUAUUUGUAAGGAUGUCCACAACCAAAUCGAUUUCUUCUCCUCUGUCAGCCAUUGUGGGUUAAAAUAUAUAUAUUUUAUUUAGUUUGUGCGGGUCGCUGCCUCUGACUGCUCCAAUUAUCCAAUCAAAAGACGGGAAAUUGCUGACGUAAUCGUACGCCUGCUAGAUGGCCCCAAUGACGCCAACUCCAAAUCUGAUUGGUUAAUGGAACAGUUUCAGUGCCACUUAUUUUAAGCUCCGGGCGCCUGCACUAUUGAUUCUGAAGGCCUUAAGGCUGGGUGACACAUGAUGUCAGCCACUGGCUGAAAUAUGAUUGGAUAAAUACUCUUAUCAUAAAUAUACACUACUGGAAGCAGCGCAACCGAGAGAAAAGCUAUGAAAUGUAGAGAAUAGACUAUUGGGAAUAAUUUAAUACACAUUCAUGGAAAAAUAUAUUAAAUAUAUUAAAAUGCAAGUCAGUGAUUCAGUACCCCUUCAUCACCUCCCAGCACCUGUUCCAUCUCCUCUCUGAAUUUCACACAACAGUCUUCUUCCUUCAGCUUCCACCAUCUGAUCCGAGAUUCAGUCUUUGUUCUCUUCCUCAUUCUCACUUCUAAAGUCAUCCUACAGACUACCAUCCUGUGCUGUCUAGUUACACUCUCAUCUGCCACUACCUUACAGUCUCUAAACUCUUUCAGGUUGCAUCUCCUGCAUAGGACAUAGUCCAGCUGUGUACACCUUCCUCUACCUCUACUCUGCUCCUCCUUCUUCUUAAAAUAUGUAUUCACCACUGCCAUUUCCAUCCUUUUUGCAAAAUUUACCACCAUCUGUCCAUUCACAUUCCUCUCCUUGACACCGUACCUACCCAUCCUCAUCACCUCUGUUCCCUUCAACAACAUGUCCAUUUAAGUCUGCUCCAAUCUCCUCUCUUUCUUCCUUUGGUACACUUCCUUUUGAACACUUCAUCUAACACACUCCAAAAAUCUUCUUUCUCCUCCUUCACACACCCCACUUGUGGGGCAUAUGCACAGCUACAGUGUCAUUCACCAACACCCCUUCAAUUUCCAGCUUCACAAUCAUCACUCUCAGACACUCUCUUCACUUUUACAACACUCUUACUAUAUUCUUCCUUCAGGACUGCCCCUACACCAUUUCUCUUCCCAUCUACACCAUGGUAAAAUAGUUUAAAACCACCUAAAAUACUCCUGGAUUUACUCCCCUUCCACUUGUCUACCUUUCUUCACUCCAUCAUAUCCACCAGCUCUCUCCCUUUACCAGUCAUAGUGCCAACAUUUAGAGUUAGAACUCUCACCUCCACACUCCUACCCUUCCCCCUCUCCUUCUUCUCUUUCUCUCAGCAGUAGCACACUAAGACCCUGCUAGCCAACAGUACUGGUGGCAAUCAUUGGUAACCCGGGCCUGAACCGAUCCGGUAUGGUAAUCAGGUUUAUGACCGAAUAUUUGAUAUGACACAGGUUUUAUGCCGGAUGCCCUGCCUGACGCAAAUCUCCCCAUCUAUCUGGGCUUGGGACCGGCACUAAGGACACACUGGCAUGUGCAAUCCCAGAGUUAUGCAGGUACAGGAUGGGAAACAAGAGCUUCAUGUAAUGUUCACAUCAACCAUCAGAUCUGAGGGAAAAGCUCAGUGAUUUUGUCUGUAACAUGAUAGUUGGUGCAGAUAGGCUGAUAUGAGUAUUUAUACUGCAGAUUUCUUGGAUUUUCACACACAAUAGUGUUUAAAGUUUAUGAGCAGCUGUUCUCUGGACAGAAACCUGGAAAGACCACUUAAUGUUCAGCCAAAAACAGAAAGCUGAGGCUGCAGUGGGCAGAAACUCAGCAAUCUGGACAUUUGAAAAAACAUAGCCUCGUCUGAUGAAUCUCUAUUUCUGCUGAGGCACACAGAUCUCAGGGUCAGAAUUUGACACCAACAACAUGAAUAUAUGAACCAAACCCGCCUUGAUUCAACAGUUCAUGCUGGUGGAGGUGGUGUGAUGGUGUGGGGAAUGUUUUCUUGGCACACUUUGGUCCUGUUAAUACCAAGCAUUCAUCUCUUAAAUGUCACUUUAAUGGAAGUAGUAAAAGUAAAGCGUCAUCUAUUUUUCCAAUUUCUGUAUGCUGAGUGUAAUCACUAUCCACUUUAUUGUUGGGAAUAAACCUGCUCAUUCAUGCAGUCGUUCACUCAGGCCAUCAUGUGCCAUGCUCACCAUCUGAUCACCAUCGCUGCAAAAAGUAAUUAUAUGAGGCUUCUCCAUCCACAGAACUGAAGAUUACUAAAUUUUUGCACCAUUCUGGGUAAACUCUAGAGACUGUUGUGUGUGAAAAUCUCAGGAGAUUAGAGGUUUCUAAAAUACUCUAACCAGCCCAUCUGGAACCAACAGCCCUGCCAUUCAGCAUUUAGGGAAAAAAAGAUGAGUAGUAUAAUCUCAUAAACAUUCAUUACACUUUUUAAUUGUGCCUUUUUAAUCAAUGCAGAUGAUAGUUUGUUGUUGAUGUUAUGGAUCAAAGUAAUGGUCUGAAAAAUAUCAGCUACAAUGAAGAUCAAAUCUAGGAGGCGUGUCAUUCUGUGUGCAAUCACCUGGUAUAACUGCAUGAAUCUAUAGCAUGAGAUAGAAGGAAAGAAGCCCCAGCAUUGCUCCUUCAUACCAUCGUGUACGUUUCUCUUGGCGAUGCUGUUGAGCAUGCGGUUCCACAAAAUUCACUUCAUUUCAAUUCAGUUUUAUCUGUAUAGUGCUUUUAACAAUGGACAUUAUCUCAAAGCAGCUUUACAGAACAUAAGAAACAGUGCAAAAGUCCUAGAUGUCAGACAAAAUCAUCCCUAGUAAUCAAACCUGAGGCGACUGUGGCAAGGAAAAACUCCCUUAGAUGAUAUGAGGAAGAAACCUUGAGAGGAACCAGACUCAAAGGGGACCCUGAACAAUGUCCUUUUUACAAUCAU